GCGCAGGUGAUAUUUUCCCUUAUUGAGGGUCUCUCUCUUCUGCCUAUUUUGAGAAUAAGACUGAUACUUGAUACACAAUCCCAGCUUGUCCUAUUGAGUUUCAAAGGGGACAUUGUCCGUUCUGAAGAUCAGGUAGACAAGAAGCUUCCCAAGGUGAAUUUUGGGAAGCUUUUAGUGCAUUACACGGAAAAUAACAUCUUAGUAGAUUACCCAAGUUGA